AUGUUAACCAUUGAAAAAACCCAUUUUUGGCCAGGAGGAAUUUCACGAAGUAGAUCUGAAGGACAUUUGGUUGAUAUGGAAGCACCAAAAUUCUCAAAAAAUUCCAAUGUUACAGAAUGUCUGGACUCAGGUUUGCUUCUCAAUUGUCCAGAUGCUUUCGUACUUCAUGGCAAAAAUACCUUCAGUGCUGCAAAUCCAUUCUGGAAUGAACUGUCUGCUUCUAACCCAUUUUUGGAUGACAUCACUCAGCUAAGAAGUAACAAACAGAGAGACAAUACAUCUAUCUUGAAGGAAGAUCCUUAUCUUUUUUUUAGAGAUAUCAAUACAGGAAAUUCAUUUGAUUCUUCUGCUGAUGAACUGGAUGUGCAUCAAAUGCUAAAGCAGUCUUCCUCAAGAAAAUCUGGAAGAUCAAAAAGUGUUUCAGAGCUUUUGGAUAUUUUAGAUGACACGGCACAUGCUCUUCAGAAUAAACACGCCUCUGACCUGAUCCUCGAACAGGAUUUAGAAUGGCUCCAAAAUGAUCGUACAGCGUAUAAAAUGGCUUGGUUAAGUCAACGCCAACUAGCCCGCUCCUGCUUGGAUUUUAAUACAAUUAAUCAGAGUCCCGGAUGGGCCCAAACACAAGUUGCAGAGACAAUGACAGUUUGUAAAUUAAGCCAUCAAGGAGGGUCAGUGCAAUUACCUGAAUCAGAUAUUACUGUUCAUGUACCACAAGGCCACGUGGCUGUGGGAGAAUUCCAAGAGAUAUCUCUAAGGGCUUUUCUUGAUCCUCCACAAAUGAUUAACCACGAUCUUUCAUGCACUGUUAGCCCACUGUUGGAAAUCAUGUUAAGCAACCUUAACACAAUGGAAGCCAUUUUGCUGGAGAUGAAAAUCGGGGCUGAAGUGAGAAAGGAUCCUUUCAGUCAAGUCAUGACAGAAGUGGUGUGUUUACACAGCUUGGGUAAAGAAGGGCCUUUCAAAGUGUUAAACAAUUGCUACAUUUAUAAGGACACCAUCCAAGUCAAGCUAAUAGAUUUGCAUCAGGUGAUGUAUCUAGUGGUGGCUGCACAAGCUAAAACUACUCCAUCACCAUAUGCAACCAUUUGGGAUUAUAUUCACAAAACCGCCUCAGUUGGAAUUUAUGGGCCCAAAUAUAUACAUCCCAGUUUCACUGCUAUAUUCACAGUUUGUGCACACAGUUACAUGCCUAGAAAACUUACAAUCUCUGAUGUUAAGAAGGGAAGAAAAAACACGCCUCCGGUUGUAUUUCAUCUUUGGGGGAAACAUUCCUUCUUACUUGAUAAGCCACAAGAUUUAACCGUUUCUGCUUUUUCAUGUGAUCCUGAUUUUGAAGUAAAAGCAGAAGGACAAAGGCAAGAAAUUAAGCAAAAUCAGUUGCAGGCAGGCCAAGUAGUUCAUCAGCAGUUUUUAUUUUCUUUAGUUGACUCCAGAGAAAUGCACUUAUUUGUGUUCAAAAUUAAGGUAGAGUCUUCUAAUGGCAGGCCAGCUACACAGUUUUUUAUCACUAGCCCUGACCCAGCCCCCAACUUAAAAAGGCUCUCCAAUCCACCAAAUGCUCUGCAAAAGAAGGUCAAGUCUGCUUCUUUGUUACCAACAGUGCCUAUUAAAUACCCCACAUUUCAAGACAAAAUAUUGAAUUUCACCAAUUAUGCAGUAACUCUGAAGACAGUGCUAAGGCAAACCAAAAUUGAAUAUUUACUUGAAUAUUUCAAAGGGGACACGGUGGCUCUUCUUGGAAAAGAAAAGGUAAAAGCCAUUGGGCAGUCCAAAGUGAAAGAAUGGUAUGUGGGAGUCCUGAGAGGUAAGAUUGGACUGGUACAUUGCAAAAAUGUCAAGGUCAUUGCAAAAAAGCAAGUCAUAUCUAUGUCACAUGAUAUCUUUACAACCAGAAAUCUCCUAGAACAAAUUUCCUUGCCUUUUAAAAAACUGACUUACAUAUAUUCAGUUAUAUUGACGUUGGUGUCAGAAAAAGUAUAUGAUUGGAAAGUUUUAGCAGAUGUCCUGGGCUAUUCGCAUCUGGCCCUGGAAGAUUUUGAUCAAAUACAAGAAGACAAAGAAUCAGAAAAAGUUUCUUACGUUGUAAAAAUGUUAAAAGAAGAUUGCCAUGCAGAUAAAAAUACCAGGAAGUUUCUUUAUGAACUUAUUGUGGCUCUGCUAAAGAUGGAUUGUCAAGGGUUAGUAGCACACAUCAUCCAAGAGGCUGUUAUUCUGACUUCAGCUGUCAAGCUUGGAAAAGGCUGGAGGGAACUGGCAGGAAAGUUAGCCCGACUCACAAAGCAACAAAUGGAGGCGUAUGAAAUUCCGCACCGAGGAAAGACUGGAGUCAUUGCUGAUGAGAUGAUGUGGAAACCUGCCUAUGAUUUUCUCUAUACUUGGGGCUCUCACUACGAAAAUAGCUACAGAGAGAUGUUACAAGACCUUCAAUCAACUUUGGACAGAAUGAGAAGCCCUGUGACUAAACAAUGGCGAGACUUAACUGGAGCCUUAAUACUCGUAAAUUCUUUAGAGAUUUUGAGAGCAAGUGCAUUCUCCUUUUCUGAGGAAUGA